CACCUGCCAAACACGCCCUUGUUCCCAGCAUAUGCUACCUGCCAAGCUACCCCCUUCCCUUGUAUAAAGCAAAUUGUUCCUUUCUCAUUUCUUAAUCCACAUAUUCAAACAAAAAAGCACCACUACCAAAUCAAUCCCGGUCUAUAAAUACAAGAUCACAAAUGGGAAAAUAAAACGAAUCAAACCCAUCUCAACAAAAAAGUCAUUUUCAAAUUUCAACCAAAAUGGCUUCCAAGAUUUUCUUGUUCAUUCUUCUUCUCUCCUUAGCAUUCCCACACCAUAUUUUCCAUGCUCAACCUUGGAUUCUUCUUGCUAAUGGAGAUUCAGAUUUGAUCCAGAAAACAUGUAAAACCACCAAGUACUACGAUCUAUGUGUGUCGUCUCUGAAAUCUGAUCCAACCAGCUUGAAAACAGACGCAAAGGGUCUGGCACUUAUCAUGGUCGGAAUUGGUUUGGCGAAUGCCACGGCUACUUCAACUUACUUGUCUUCUCGGCAGCUGAGUCUCGCAAACGACACGAACUUAAAGAAGGUGAUUAAAGAGUGUGCUGAUAAAUAUGGUUAUGCCGGCGAUGCACUUCAAUCUUCAGCUCAAGAUCUGGCUGUGGAGGCUUAUGAUUAUGCCUACAUGCACAUCAUGGCCGCCGCCGAUUACCCAAAUGUUUGCCGGAAUGGAUUUAGGAGGUAUCCGGGGUUGGCUUAUCCGCCGGAGAUUGCACGUAGAGAAAAUGGGUUGAAGCACAUUUGCGAUGUACUGUUGGGGAUUAUUGAUGGGAUCGGUUGGUGAAGUUUCGUUUUCUGUACAUGCAAACAUUUGAUUACUAAUAUUCAUUUGCCAAUUAAUGCAUUAUUACUAGAUGUUUGUCAAAAAGAUACCUCAUUUGUUUAAUGCAAUCAUUUACUUCUUGGUAGAUCUAGAGACAUCUAGUGGAUGCCGUCAAAAGAUGGAUCAAUAUCUUUGAA